CGGCGGCGGCGACGCGCAGCGACACGGUGUACCCUGGCGAGGACGAGCGAGCGCUGCGCCUGCACCUCCACGCACAGCCCGCGCGCACGCCGGGGAGAGCAGCCUUGGAGCUGGAGCCCCGCGCCUUCUGCUUCGCGCACCUCCUGCGAUGGCUCUCGCCAUCCGCGCUCGCUUAGGCCGCGUUCUCUGGCUUGCCUGCCUCCUGCCCUUGGCCCCGGUGAGGGUGGCUGCAGAUCUUUAUGAACUCAGCCUUACAACUGAUGGCCCAGCCACCACGGGGACAGAGGUGACCGUCUCAGCCAGCCUGGUGGCCAAAGACAAUGGCAGCCUGGCUCUGCCUGCCGACACCCACGUCUGCCGCUUCCACUGGGUCCACACCCCACUGAUGCUCACCAGCAAGGUGGAGAAGGACCUUAGCUCAACUAUCCGUGUGGUGAGCAACGCGCCUGGGGACUUCCCGGUCUCUGUCUGGGUCACUGCUGCCAACUGCUGGAUGUGCCAUCAGCUGGCCCGGAGUGCUGUCACUCUCCCCAUCACAAAUUUCCUCAUAGGAAAAAUCGUGGUCUCUCAGAAUACCUCCCUGCCCUGGCCCAGCUCAUACCUCACCAAGACAGUCUUGAAAAUCUCCUUCUUCCACCAUGACCCAAGCAACUUCUUCAAGUCAGCCUCCUUUCUCUACCGCUGGGACUUCGGUGAUGGGACUCUGCUGGUGACAGACAACUCCGUGGUCUAUUAUAACUAUUCAGUUAUUGGAACCUUCACGGUGAAGCUUAAGGUGGUGGCUGAGUGGGAGGAGACAAAACCAGAUGGCACCUCGAAGGGCAUUGUGCAGAGGACUGGCGACUUCUCUGCCUCGCUGAAGCUGCAGGAAACCCUUCGAGGCAUCCAGGUUUUGGGGCCCACCCUGACUCAGACCUUUCAGAAGGUGACUGUAACCUUGAACUUCCUGGGGAGCCCCCCUCUGACUAUGUGCUGGCGCCUCAAGCCCGAGUGCCUCCCGCUGGAGGAAGGGGAGUGCCACCCUGUGUCUGUGGCCAGCACGGAGUACAACCUGACCCAUACCUUCCGUGACCCUGGGGACUACUGCUUCAGCAUCCGGGCCGAGAACGUCAUCAGCAAGACGCAUCAGUACCACAAGGUCCAGGUGUGGCCUUCCAGACUUCAGCCGGCUGUCUUUGCUUUCCCGUGUGCCACACUUAUCACCGUGAUGCUGGCCUUCAUCAUGUACAUGACCCUGCGGAAUGCCACCCAGCAGAAGGAAGUGGUGGAGAACCCGGAGCCGCCCUCUGGGGUCAGGUGCUGCUGCCAGCUGUGCUGUGGGCCUUUCUUGCUGGAGUCGUCAUCUGAGUACCUGGAAAUUGUCCGAGAGAACCACGGGCUGCUUCCGCCCCUCUACAAGUCUGUCAGAACAUACACUGUGUGAGCACCCCCCCUGUACCCUGGAUCAGUGUUCACUGAUGGCCAGACUGGGAGCUUGGAGCAGGGUGGUGUGUGACUGUGCAGGAUGGGUCAUGUGGCCAAUUGCCUAUGCUGGCCAUUGAUCUGUACAGUCUGGUUGCUGCCGCAAGACCCUUGCAGCCACCUCCCCAGUCAUCUGCCCAUCUGUACAGUGCAGCCACUGCUGUGAGCCUCUCUCAGUCACCCCAACCCCACCCCGUGCCAAGCAGGACCCUGACACUUGGUGUGUUCCCUUGGGAUUCUCCCAGGGGGCUGGCUUCCCCUCACCCAUUCCUCUCUGACUGGCACAUCUGCCAUCCAUUGAGAGCUCACAGUUCCUUCCCUGAGAAAGCUGUCUCUAUGCCAGAACUGGAAAGGAGGUCACAGAUGGUCCAGGAUGCAUAGCAGAAGGUCAUGCUGGCAGCUGGGCAUCCUGUAAAGAGGAGGGUGUACACAUACACACACAUACACACACACACACACACACACACACAGAAAUGCACACUGGUCGUGGAUCAUCUCCAUGAUUCACUCUGUAUCUGCUAGGGCUAUUGCUGGAGUGCACUUGAACUAGAGCUCAGAUGAGACCUGCCUUUUCCCCUAGGCCAUCUGCAUCUAGCUCCUGGGUUGGGCCUCUCCCUUUACGCUUUGUCCCUGCCACUAUUAGGAGGUCACCCUACUUUCUGCCUGCUUGCUGGGAGCAGGUUGAGUGUGUGCAGAGUGCUUUAUAUCCAUUGAGAAAAAGGUGUUGCAGGAAAAGGACAGGUUGAGGUCAUGGGGACAUGGGUUCCUCAUGUGUGAGUAUCAGUCAUGGGGCACCUUAGCUCCCUAGCUGCUCCCAAGAUGACCUUGGGAUGGAAGAAGCAGGCUGAUCAGAGCUGGAGCAGAGGAGCCAGCCACUCUCGUCACCUCCAGCCCAGUGAUGGGAGACGCAGAACUUGCAGGAGACAGCAAGGAGAUGAGGAGGCUCCCCCAUGCAGGGUGGUAGCCUGCAGCUGUUGGAGAGAGACUGGCUGGACCACAGAGCCAAGGCUCUGUCGCUGUAACCAUUUGCUCUCAGACUUUGUGCCAAAAAUUGUGUUUACAUUGUCACGUGGCUCAUUCCCAUGAAAUAGUGCCAUUAUUGCUCAAUAAAGCUUGAGUACUCUGAGUGUUGCCAAGCA